GCGGCUUUAAAUGGGAAUACCCUCUGUGCUGCUGGGGGAGUCUCCUUUAAAUCCUGCCGCGUCACUGGGAUGCGGUUGAAGCCGGCUCCGAGGCGCUGCACAUCCCGCUCCUGUACCCACCAGCAGCGCACCAUCUCUUUAUCUUGAGACCAAAGAUGACAACAAAUUUAACCCAGGAAAUGCCACAAGAUCAGCGCUUCCUGGUUCUUUUCGAUUUUGACGAAACCAUCAUCAACGAGAACAGUGACGACGCUGUGGUGCGGGCCCUCCCAGACCAGCAGCUCCCUGACUGGUUAAUAAACAGCUAUAGGGAGGGUCAUUACAAUGAACACAUGCAGAAGGUAUUGGCCUACAUGGCAGAAAGAGGUGUGCCCAAGGACUCCAUCCAAUCAGCUGUGGAGACAAUAAUGCCCACUCCUGGUCUACUUGUGCUACUACAAUUUCUCCAAAACCACCAACAGGACUUCGAGCUAGCCGUGGUAUCAGAUGCUAACACGUAUUUCAUCAGAACAUGGUUAGAGAGAGCAGGGGUUUGCCAUCUUUUUAGGAAAAUUUUCACAAAUCCAGCUAGUUUUGAUGCAUCAGGUCGACUUGUGCUACUACCUUUUCAUUCGCACUCAUGUAAGCGUUGUCCUGACAACAUGUGCAAACAGGUGAUUUUACGGGACUACCUGGCAGGAAGGCAGAAGGAGCGUGGGGGGACGGCCUUUCAGAGGGUCUUCUAUAUUGGAGAUGGAGCCAAUGAUAUUUGUCCCAUGCAAGCUUUAGGUCCCCGGGAUACAGCGUUUCCAAGGCGAGACUUCCCCAUGCACAGGCUGCUCAUGGAGAUCCAGACGUCCCAGCCUGCUCAGUUCAAGGCCAAUAUGGUGCCCUGGGCCAGUGGAGAGGACAUAGUGGACUGCCUGAAGAAAGUCCUGGAGGAAAGAUGAAAUACAAAAAUGAGUUCAAAUACAAUCCUUUUAACUGAUCAUAGGCAUUAAUACUAUAGUGUUAAUGCCUAUGACACUGUUUUAAGGUCCUAUAUUACACAACAUUGUCUCUUGUGAGCUUUAAGCCAUGUAAUAAUGCUGUCACCUCCUCAAAAACAUACCUGGAGUUGUGUUUUUUCCAUUUAAACAUGUUUGAGUAAGUCUGUCUGCAUCUCCAAAGCUCAAAAUGCUCUGUUCCACCUUGUGAUGUCAUGAAGCAGUAGUUUCAAUUUAACAGUUACCUUUUACCUUUUGUUCUGUAGAGAUUGGCAAUUCAAAUCCAAAUGAUUCUAGUGAAGGUGUAUGGAGUUUAAAAACACAGUGCAGCACUUCCUAUAUUACCAUAUGGCAUCACAAGGUGGAACACAGUGUUUUCAGUUUGAGAAAAGAACUCAACCUAAAUAUGCAGGUAUGUUUGUGAUGAGGAAACAUCAUAACAUAAAUCAGCAAAUAGCGUAAUAUGGGCCAUUUAAUAACCCUAUAGAAAUCACAUGACAAUUUUAAUGUUUUAGAGAUGAACUGACUUUAGAAGUAUUACAGGCAUGCAGUGUAUUUUAAACCAAAAUAAUAUUUUACUCACUAUCAAAUUGAAAAUAACCAAAUCCCCUAAAUUUGUAAUAUUAACCAAAAACAUGUUAUAUUACAUGUUAUAAACAAUAUUACCAGAUGAAAAGAAUUCUAAUACACACUAACAUUACUUACAAAUUUACAAAUGCCUCUACUAACCUUACUAACCUUAACUCAGUAUUUAAUUAUUUAUUAAUUGCACAUAGGCAAAGAUUUAGUAUGUUUUUUAUAUUGGAUUCCCUCCCCAACAGUCACAUAUUUAUACUACAUUAAGCAAUAUAAAUGAAUAGAUAAUAUAUAGAUAAUAAUCAAUAUGAGCAAAGUAUUGUUUAUGUAAGCACCAAGAGUUGUUGGUGUGUUUUUGCCUUUUUUGACUGAAACCUCUUUUGUGUGCCGUCUUGCACAUGAGCAUCUCCCUGUAUCACAUUUGACACUUGAGAAGUCCCUUUUGAACUGUCUCUACAUGCAUCAUAGAAGUAUUUUCAACAGUAACAGUGGGGGUCCCCUUGAACAGCGGCACACAGUGACUAGUGUUGCAGGGUGUCUCAGGACAAUGUUGCACCUGUGUUUUAUCAGUGUGGGACAGAAGCGCCUCAGACCAGAGAUAAGGUGACAGGCUCAAACACAACUCAUAAAUAAUCUAGAGCUUGAUUAUUCAAGUGAAAUGGACACCAGCAACAAAGACUAACUUCAGUUCAGGAUGGCCCCUGACUCUUCAAUAUAGGUCUGUCACAAUAACAAAUUUGUAAACACAAAAAUGUAACCACGAUAAAUACUGACCCCAGAAAAUGGUUCCAUCUUUCAUAUACUGAACGAUAAGUCAAUACAGUAAUUAAGGUGACAGGCCUAUUGCAAUACUAAUGACACAACUUAGUGGGUUAUAGAUGCUAGUGAAAAUAUAUUUUGGGAGUAAACCAUGUAUAUAGCAAUAUAGUAAACCAAAUAGUAUUUUUAUGUGACGUGCUUGGUAUGUCUACUUACUACAAUGAUUUAAGGUAUUUGUGCAGGCAUACAUCAAAGGUGAAAUAUUUUCAACUGUUGAAGCAAUUUCUAUUACUUCUAUUACUACAAAAUGCUAUAAGCCUAUCUGAAAUUUAAGUACAACAUUUUUGUAAUCCAUACAGUUUAUUUCAGUUAUUUUUCACUCAGAAUCUUCAGUAAUUCCCAUCAUAUUCAAACUGAAUAAUGUCCCCCUAUUUUACUGAAAGACAGAUUUAAGUAUACCUUAGUUAAACCGCAUUAGUUAUACAUGUAUAAUUGAUUUAUGUAAUUGUGUGUGUCAGACAGUAAGACUGUGCUAAAUGGUUGAACUUUUGAAAAGAACAGAGGCAUUAUUGAUAGAUUUAAACUUCUCGGGUGGGGUGGUAAACAGAUGAAACCAUUACAGGUCUGUUUAUUGUUAAGUAACAAGGAAUACCACACCUGUCAUACCGCAGACUCAGGCAUCAAGAAACUCAUUUAAUUUAAACCAAGUGAUAUGAGUUUAUUCAAGUAAAACUAAAAUGAGACUGAACAACAGUGAAACUACUUCACUUUACUUCUGUGCAAUAAUGUAAUGUAAACUUUGCAAUGGAAUAAAAGGGACUGAUUCAGGGAUGUAAAAUCAAGAUAAUAUGGCAUUAUAUGUAUUGUAUUUAUCAUGUAUUGUAUUGUGUUUCAAACAAUGUAAUGUUCUAUCACUGUAACAGGAAUAUAAAGCCAUCAUCUGAUCAA